GCGGCCAGCCUGGGAGCCUGCCGGUCCUUUUGUCCUUUGGACGUGCCGAAGGUAGGUAGUAGGGCCGAGGCAGCAGGCUGCCGUGCUGCUGGCAGUGACUUGGGAUCGCAAAAUUGUCAAUAUAUGUGUUGCACGUGACCCAAUUGAAGCACAGAGGCAGCACAUACGGUCCGGGUAGGCAAGUAGACUGUAGGGCGUCUCUCGGAUCUCCGCCGGCGCGAUUGAGUCCGCAGCAGCCCCGCAGCAGCACAGCCUUCCUCGUUGGCAGCAUGGUGGGCCACGCCGUUAGCGCCUUUCGCAGCCCUGCCCUGUGCCCGUGCUCUGUGCCGCUGCCAGAAGGCGCGUCUGCCCCUUCGCGCCCAACCGUUGGCGGCGCUGCGCUUCCGCCUGUCUGCGGCAGCUCCACCUGGGAGAGGCCGCUCUCCUGCGGCCGGGAGUUUGGAGGGGCGCCCUCCCCCAGUUCUCAGAGCGUUCCCCUCGGGUGGCGGCCGUCAGUAAGGAGACAGUGGGAGAGGAGAGGUGGUGUGGGCAUGGCAGCAUCGGCAGUGGCAGGGGGGGCGCUUGAGACAGCGGUGGAGGGCAAUGGGGCGGCCUGGAGCGCUGCGGAGGGGCGGGUGGCGCGCGUGCAGCGUGAGACAAAGGAGACAUCCGUGGACGUGGCGCUGAACCUGGAUGGGAGCGGGCGCGCGGACAACCAGAGCGGCAUCCACUUCCUGGACCACAUGCUGGAUCAAAUUGCAUCGCACGGUCUGUUUGACGUGCGUGUGCGGGCCAAGGGCGACACCUGGAUUGAUGACCACCACACCAACGAGGACCUCGCUCUCGCCUUUGGCAAGGCGCUGGCCGACGCGUUGGGCGACCGCAAGGGCAUCCACCGCUUUGGCAACUUCUGCGCCCCCCUGGACGAGGCCCUCGUGCAGGUCGUCCUGGACCUGUCUGGCCGCCCCCACCUGAGCUUCGACCUGGCACUGCCCACAGAGCGGAUAGGCAAUUACGAGACACAGCUGGUGGAGCACUUCUUCCAGUCGCUGGUCAACACCUCCGGCAUGACGCUGCACAUCCGCCAGCUGGCGGGCAAGAACUCGCACCACAUCGUGGAGGCCACGUUCAAGGCGUUUGCACGUGCGCUACGGCAGGCUACGGAACAUGAUCCACGGCGAGCGGGCACUGUCCCCAGCUCGAAAGGCGUCCUCACGCAGCAGUAGGGGGGCAGCGGAGGAAGACGGCAGUGGACGGCACCGGAGUGCAUCAGGGCGCCGGGAUCACCGCCCCCUCCUUGUCGUGGUGCAGUUGGGGUUGUGCAAACUUCGUCGACGACUGUCGUUGAUAACUUUUGUUUACUCCCAUUCUGGCAGCUUCCUCUACUGCCGCUUGAAAAUCUGUCAAUGCUGGCCGUUCGCGUUUGCCAAUGUACAAUAGAAGUGGUUUUCAUACAGCUCAGAUUCCUCUACGUAGGCGGCUUGGCAUUGAUUCCCGUUAGUCAGUGAAGAGUGCUUGGAAGCAAAGACCAAGCUCGGCAUAUGUAUAUGUGUAUCCGACACACAUGCUAUUGUUUAAAGCUAGUGAGGUUCAUUUCGAGGUUGCCGUUGACUCUCUUCUUUCACAUGGUACAUUCUUAAGCAGAUGUUGAAAGUGAGAAUUCGUUUUAGGGUGGGGUUUGAAGGCUACGGCCGUGCGUAUCCACC